AUGUCUCCAACACUUGAGUCUACCCAAUCUCUUCCAACCUAUUUUAUUGGUCAUGCCGGUGUAGGACUUCUGUUUGAUGAUCGUCCUCGAAAUAAAAUUCCUCAGGCCAACUUGCGGGAUAUCGGGGACGAGAUCCUAUCUCUGUCGCCUCGUCCCAAAGCCGUUGUAGUGUUCAGUGGCCAUUUUGAAGCAGGCGAGAUUCAUGGACCCGGGGUAAUCGAAGUGAAUGUCAAACGUGGAACGCCUAUUCAACAUGACUUUGUUAACGAUUUUCACGACUCUCAUCCAUUCGCCUACGAAUACGACUGGCCGCAUCAAGACGCACCCGAGCUAGCUGCACAGCUAUGGAAACAUCUACGAAAUGCAGGACUCAAGGCUAAACGAGUGGAGCGAGGGAUAGAUCACGGUGUCUGGGUGCCUUUCAAGGUCAUGUUCCCAAACGAGAAGCCGCUGGACAUACCCGUAAUCCAAAUCUCCACAUUCCAUGGCAAUGAUCUCGAGAGUCAGAUCCGUCUGGGUCAGGCCCUACAGUCGUUACGGAACGACGGAUAUCUUAUCAUAGGCUCAGGGAUGGCUGUUCACUCGUUCGCCUCGAUCGCUGAGAUCACAAAUGCUCCGACAGAGGAAGAGAGGGAAGCCACCCGGGCUAGGGUCAUUAGCGAAUCGAGAACUUUUGAUACCAAACUGAGAGCGGCAGUGACAAAAAAAGAUGGAAAGGAGAGAGCCGAAGCUCUUCUGAAGCUGGAGACGCUGUACGAGUUUAAGCGAUCUCAUCCGACUGUCGAGCACUUUACGCCACUUCUGGUUGCUGCUGCUGCGGCUGGAGAUGCAAAGGUGGAAGCCCUAGGCGUGGAUUUGGUCGAACCUGGCUUUUCCUAUCUCAAUCUACGUUUUGCUUAG